CUAGGCAAGCCCAGAAAGACCGAUGCCAACCUUUGGUCAUCGCUCGCAUGCUCGAAUUCUAAGCUCCUCCCUUUUGUUUCGCUGUUGCGGGAGGACGAAACUUGCGGGGAAGCGAACGGUGAAGUCGCUCGGGGUCUGUGUGCUGUGGGAUCGGUGGCAGCGUCGGUGGGAGAUGGGUAAGAAGGCGGCGAUUGUCACUUGCGCCACUGUGGCGGCAGCGGCGGCAGGAGCGGCAGUGGUGGUGAGGUGCAGCAGGAGGAGGAGGAGAGGAGCGACGGGGGAGGGGUGGUUGGAGACGGAUGGGAAAUGGGAGAGGGCGGCGGAGAUGGUGAAGGAGCUGGAGGAGAAGUGUGGGACCCCCGUCUGGAAGCUGAGGCAGGUGGCGGAAGCGAUGGUCGUCGAGAUGCAUGCCGGCCUCGCCUACGACGGCGGCGGCAAGCUCAAGAUGCUCAUCAGCUACGUCGAUAGCCUUCCCACGGGGGAUGAGAAAGGGUUAUAUUAUGCCUUGGAUCUUGGUGGCACAAAUUUCUGCAUCCUCCGUGUACAUUUGAGCCGAAAGGAGAAAGGCAUCGUCAAACGAGAAUUUGAAGAAGUGUCAAUACCACCUCAUUUGAUGACCGGAAGUUCGAAUGAAUUGUUUGAUUUCAUCGCCAUGGCAUUAACAAAAUGUGUUGCUACAGAAGGUGAAGAUUUGCAUCUUUACCCUGGUAGAUAGAGGGAGCUUGGUUUUACCUUCUCAUUUCCGGUUAGGCAAUCAUCGAUCGCAUCCGGGACUCUAAUUAAAUGGACAAAAGGAUUCUCAAUAGAAGAUGCGGUUAGAGAAGAUGUCGUCAGUGAAUUGAGUAAAGCUAUGGAGAGAGUGGGCCUUGACAUGCUUAUGGCCGCUUUGGUUAAUGAUAAAAUAGGAACAUUGGGUGGAGGUAGAUAUAACAACCAGGAUGUUGCCGCUGCUGUCAUAUUGGGUAGUGACAAUGCUGCUUAUGUUGAGCGGAUGCAUGCCAUUCCCAAGUGGCAUGGCCCUUUGCCUAAAUCAGGAGAAACGAUAAGUUCUUUUCCUCCUUAAGUCUUUCACCUUUCGGCACGGAGAUCACUUCAACUUUUUGUGAGAUUAGGCUUAUGUGAUAAUAGU